AUGUCUUCUGCUGUGAUUGCCAAGCCUGUGAUGAGAGGCCUGUUGGCCAGACGUCAAUGGUUUCACCUGGCUGUGGCUUUUGCUUUAGCUUCUGCCGUAGCUGGUACCUUCAAGUUCAAAAGAGAUGUUUCCAGGAUGGGAGCAUUUGCUGACUUCUAUAAGAAAUAUGAUGCCACGAAGUCAUGA